AGAUAGCAUCGGCUGUAGGAGGGGAUACAGAGACUCCUGCAGGCUAAUUGUAGCGGCCAGUGUUCGCAGGUGUAUCACUGACCCGCCUGUGAGGGACUUGGAGCUUCAUCCUGACCGAGACGCGCUCAGACUUGUGAGUAACAGAGAGAGAGAGAGAGAGAAAGAGAGAGAGAGAGAGAAAUCCUGGAAGAAUGUGGCACCAAGUACAAUGAGCGCAGAUUUGUCGCAGACACCAAAAUCCAUAUAUGCUCCGUCGAGUUCAGUUUUUAGGAGCAAUUCAGAGCCGUCUUUGGAAUUUUAAAAAAGUGGAUCCAACGACUUUACAACCAUGCGAAAUACUUGGCUGUGUCCCCGGAGCGCGAUUUGGGAAUACUGGACCUCGCUGAUUCUAUGUCUCUUUUGGAUUCAGUACUCUUACGGGAUGCCUCACGUUAUUCGAAUAGGUGGGAUUUUCGAGCAAACAGAAGGACCUGUUUCACUUGUCAGCGCUGAGGAGCUUGCCUUUAAAUUUGCUGUCAAUAACAUCAACAGAAACAGGACUUUGCUGCCAAACACAACAUUAACAUAUGACAUACAGAGGAUUAAUAUAUACGACAGCUUCGAGGCAUCGAGGAAAGCUUGCGACCAACUGUCUUUAGGAGUGGUUGCAAUAUUUGGGCCCUCACACAGCUCAUCGUCAAAUGCUGUGCAGUCCAUCUGCAAUGCGUUGGAAGUGCCGCACAUCCAGGUGCGAUGGAAACACCACCCAAUGGACAACAGGGACGCCUUCUACGCAAACCUAUACCCGGAUUACUCAUCACUCAGCUAUGCCAUCCUGGACUUAGUGCAGUUUCUCAAAUGGAAAACAGCCACCGUGGUAUAUGAUGACAGCACAGGCCUUAUAAGGCUACAGGAGCUGAUAAUGGCCCCAUCCAGGUACAACAUCAGGCUAAAGAUACGUCAGCUUCCUCUUGACACGCAGGACACGAGGCCCCUUCUCAAAGAAAUGAAGAGAAAUCGCGAGUUCCGCAUUAUCUUCGACUGCAGUCAUCAAAUGGCAGCACAGAUUCUCAAACAGGCACAGACCAUGGGGAUGAUGACAGAGUAUUACCACUAUAUCUUCACCACUCUGGACCUGAUGGCCAUUGACCUGGAGCCAUAUCGCUUCUGUGGUGUCAACAUGACCGGCUUCCGCAUCCUCAACGUGGAUAAUCCCCAGGUUGCAUCCAUUGUGGAGAAAUGGUCGAUGGAGAGGCAGCUACCACACAAACCUGACUCUGGCCUGCUGGAGGGCAUCAUGACGACAGAUGCAGCUCUGACCUAUGAUGCGGUCCACAUUGUAUCCGUGUCAUACCAGCACGCUCCGCAGAUGACAGUCAACUCGCUGCAGUGCCACCGCCACAAACCCUGGAGAUUCGGAGGUCGCUUCAUGAGUUUCAUCAAAGAGUCCCACUGGGAUGGUUUGACGGGGAGACUCUCAUUCAACAAGACAACUGGUCUACGUACAGACUUCGACCUGGAUGUCGUCAGUCUAAAGGAGGACGGACUUGAAAAGGUGGGGAAGUGGAGUCCAUCAGGGGGUCUUAACAUCACAGAAGCGCCAAAGCGAAAGGGGAUGAACAUCACAGAUUCCCUGGCUAACCGCUCCCUCGUCAUCACCACUAUCCUGGAGGAGCCAUAUGUCAUGCUUAAGAAGUCUGACAAGGCGCUGGUUGGGAACGACCGCUUCGAAGGGUUUUGCAUCGACUUGUUAAAAGAGCUCUCCAACAUCCUGGGCUUCACGUAUGAGAUCCGCCUGGUGCCUGAUGGAAAAUAUGGCUCGCAGGACGACAAGGGCCAGUGGAACGGCAUGAUCAGGGAACUUAUUGAACACAGAGCAGACUUGGCAGUUGCUCCACUUACCAUAACCUACGUGCGUGAAAAGUUUAUUGACUUCUCCAAGCCCUUCAUGAGCAUGGGCAUUAGUAUCCUGUAUCGCAAACCCAAUACCACCAACAACGGCUUCUUCUCCUUCCUGAAUCCCAUGACUCCUGACAUCUGGGUCUACAUUCUGCUCGCCUACCUCGGGGUUAGCUGUGUCCUUUUUGUCAUUGCCAGGUUCAGUCCAUAUGAAUGGUACGAUGCACAUCCGUGUAACCCCGGAUCAGAUGUGGUGGAAAACAACUUCACCCUCUUCAACAGCUUCUGGUUUGGUGUCGGCUCCUUAAUGCAACAAGGCUCAGAGCUGAUGCCCAAAGCCCUGUCAACCAGGAUCAUUGGCGGGAUAUGGUGGUUCUUCACACUGAUCAUCAUAUCAUCCUACACAGCGAAUUUAACAGCUUUUCUCACUGUGGAGAGAAUGGACUCAGCUGUGGACUCAGCUGACGACAUCGCCAAGCAAACAAAGAUUGAGUAUGGGGUCGUCAAAGAUGCCGCAACCAUGUCCUUCUUCAGGAAAUCUAAGGUUUCUACUUUUGAGAAGAUGUGGGCCUUCAUGAGCAGCAGGCCAAGCACGUCCCUAGUGAAGUCUAUUGAGGAUGGGAUUCAGAGGGUGCUGAAGUCAGACUACGCCCUCAUAAUGGAGUCCACCACUAUUGACUACAUCACUAGGAGGAACUGUAACCUGACCCAGGUGGGAGGGCUCAUCGAUAGUAAAGGCUACGGCAUCGGCACUCCCCUCGGCUCCCCAUACAGGGACAAAAUCACCAUAGCAAUCCUAAGCAUCAUGGAGGAUGGGCGCCUACACAUGCUGAAGGAGAAGUGGUGGAGCGGGAACAGCUGCUUGGAUGAAGAGCGUCGUGAGGCAGGGCCCAUGGGUAUCCAGAACCUGGGUGGUAUAUUCAUCGUGCUAGCUUCUGGCCUAGUGCUGUCUGUCUUUGUGGCGAUUGCUGAAUUCGUCUACAAGCUAAGGAAGACUGCAGAACGUGAGCAGAGGUCUUUGUGCAGUGCCAUGGUGGACGAGAUCAGACUGUCGUUCACCUGCGAGAGGCGAGUGAAACACAAGCCUCAGCCUCCAGUCAUGGUGAAGACGGAUGCAGUGAUAAACAUGCACGCCUACAACGACCGACGACUCCCAGGAAAGGACAACAUGAGCUGCAGCACUGGGAUGACUCCUGUGUUCCCAUGACAUUGUGUUCCCCCCAGGGCAAGAACCUCAUAAGCAAUGUGUCAGGGGCAGUGCCGGAGACUAGAGACAAUGGCAUAGACGGAAUCACCAGAUACAUCAUCAACCACAGUGACAUGGGGACACUCACAAA